AUGGCUGAUUAGUGGAUUCAAUCUAGAAUAGCUGAAUAUUUAAAGGAUAAAAUUUAUUCUUUUAUUAAAGAAGGACCAACUAAACUUGUAUCUUCUUAAUGUAAAUAUCACUAUUGCAUCUCUUAAUUAAUUUGGUAUAAAGUGAGAAUAGCUCAUACUUGUGUGAUAAUACUAGAUUAAAACCAUCCAUUAUAUUGGGUAAUUAAGAACUGCGGCAAAUCAUACCUUAAUCAUUUUACUGAAAAAUAAUUGGAUUACAAAGAGUUUAAUUCAAUUAUUUAUGUAUUAUUAUUUAAUCGUAUUAGUUCUUCUAAUCAUUUAACACUCGAUGGAUGUAAAGAAAAUUUAUAAUGUUAAAAAAACUAAAUAUUAACAACAAUUCACCACUGUAACUCAAAGAAUUUACUUAAUCACUUUUGUAAUGAAUAUAUUAGGUCUUCUAAUAAUCCCCUAUAAAUAAAAUAAGUCAAUUCAUAUUACUCAAUUUAAAACUAUAAAAAAGAAAUAUUUGAUAUUAUAGAUAAUUGUGAGUAUUUUGAGGGAUUUAUUUUAAAAAGACAAAUAAUUAAUCAUAAAGGAGUUGAAUAUGAAUAAUCUAAUUUAAUUAUUUGCUUUUUCCAAUAUAAUGAGAGAGAUUUAGAUAUUUAAUAAGAUUCAGAAAAUUAAAUCUAAAUAAGGUUUUCUAGUAAGUUAAAAUAAAAAAUAUGUAAUAAAGAAAUAGUAGUAAAUAGUUUUAUAAAAAGAAAUGGAGAAAAUUAAUCAAUAUUGACUCGUAAAUUAAUUUCUAUUAAUAAACCUACCUUUUUAUAAUUAUUGGUAGAUGAAUAAUAUGAAUAAAUUUUUCCAAAUAUUGAGUAUUUUUACAAAAAUUUUACUUAAAAGAUAAUACAUAAAGUUGGUAUUCAUUUCAAAAAAGAUGAUUCAUAAUUGCCAUUUUAACCUGGAUCAGUGCUUAGAGUAGAUAGAGGGAAAUAUUUCCAUGCUGGAGUUUAUUUAAAAUUAGAUUUGGUUAUACAUGUAAAAAUUACUAAAAAAAUUAGAGAGGUUAAAUAUUUAAUUUUGAUAGAUUUGAUUAAUUUAUUUUGGAUAGUAAAACUGUUGAAGAAAUUAAGUUUGAUAUUAAUUUCUUUACUUUAGAAUAGAUAUUUGAUCGAGCAUUAAAAAUGA